AUGGCAAAGACACCCAUCCCUGUUGGUUUCGUGGGACUGUCAUCUAAACCCGAGUGGUCCUGGGCCGUGGCAGCCCAUCUGCCGUACUUUGCGCAGUCAGCCAACUACAAAAUUGCAGCCCUGCAAAACAACUCAGUCGAAACAGCCAAGAAGGCUAUUGAGGUCCACAAGCUGGGAGAUGAUGUUCACGCUCACGGCGAUGUUCAGUCGAUUGCCUCCAAUCCCAACAUCGGCCUGGUCGCAACUGCAGUUAAGGUCCCACUCCAUGCUGUUGCUAUCGAGGCAGCCUUGAACGCUAAGAAGUCUGUCUUUUGCGAGCAGUCACCGGCACGAAACGCCGCACAGGCUGAAUGCCUGGCGUCUCUUGCCCAACAGAAGGGCGCCAAGACUCUGAUCGGUCUCCAGGGUCGUCAGGAUCCUGCUGUCCUGAAGGCCAAGGAGAUGGUCGCGGCGGGUGACAUGGAAGACAUCCUCCAGACCACUAUGCUCUUCACGAGCCCUUGGUUUGGCGCUACUAUGCCAGAGUCCAAUGUGUACGGAGUCGACAUUGAGAAUGGCGCCAAUCUGAUGACGAUCUCUGUCGGCCAUUCGCUUCACACCCUGUGUGAUGUGCUUGGAGAGCUUCACGGAAUCCAAGCCACUCUCGCUAACAACCGAGGUCACUGUCACUGA